AGUUGAGAAGAUGAUAGUAUUACUCUUUGUACUUUGAUUGCACUUUGGGUUUUGAGCCAUUUUGAGACCCACCACCCACAACUUUCUUUCUUCUCUUUCUCUUCAGUUCUCCUCCUCCUAUUUUCCAUAAGGUGGGUGGUGGUGUAACUAUUUUUCUCUGCAAAAAUGGAAGGUUGUUGCAAUGAAAGACUUGAUUUUGGCAAAAUGGGUUAUGGAUGCAAGCACUAUAGGAGAAGAUGCAAGAUUAGAGCCCCUUGCUGCAAUGAGGUCUAUGACUGCAGACAUUGUCACAAUGAAGCCACGAGUAUGUUGCGUAAGAUUUUUGAUAGGCAUGAACUAGUUCGACAAGAUGUCACACAGGUCAUCUGCUCAGUUUGUGAUACCGAACAGCCAGUUGCUCGCGUUUGUACGAACUGUGGUGUCAAUAUGGGAGAAUACUUUUGUGAAGUGUGCAAAUUCUAUGACGAUGAUAUAGACAAAGGGCAGUUUCAUUGUGAUGAUUGUGGAAUCUGCAGAGUUGGUGGUCGGGAGAACUUCUUUCAUUGCAACAAGUGUGACUCUUGUUAUUCAGUUAAUCUGCGUAAUAAUCACUCGUGCGUGGAGGACUCCAUGAGGCAUCAUUGCCCGAUUUGUUACGAGUUUCUCUUUGAUUCUCUGAAAGACACAACUGUAAUGAAAUGUGGGCACACAAUGCAUACAGAAUGCUACCACGAGAUGAUAAAGCGUGACAAAUACUGCUGUCCAAUAUGUUCUAGAUCAACUCUAGACAUGACCAAGGCUUGGAAAAGAAUGGAUGAGGAGAUCGAAGAGACAAUCAUGCCUGAAGAUCUUAGAUAUAAGAAGGUCUGGAUUCUUUGUAAUGACUGUAAUGACACAACUGAAGUAUAUUUCCACAUAAUCGGGCAGAAGUGCAGACACUGUCAAUCAUACAACACCCGUAUGAUUGCACCUCCUGUUCUUCCUCAAUAGCAACUUCCUACUCCAUAAAAAGUGAUUGUUUGCGCUGCUGAAACCUGGUGCAGCGGAGGUGAAACAGAAGAAAUUUACGGUGUUACCUUCAUUAUUAUUACUAUUAUUAAUUCUUUGGUGUCAUUUCUGCAUAUUAUUCAUAGCCAUUGCAAAUUACAACACAACUUUACUUUUUUUGCAA